UUAUGUGGCGAUCGGUUUAGUGACAAGCUUUCGUGAUUUGAUAGGAAAAGAGGUGCGAGCUUUGCACCCUGAAGGACCCUAUCGGCAAAAUUUCUCCCGUAGCUCAAUCUUACCAGGUAUCCCCAUCUCCAGUUGUUCCAAUCUUGACCAGGAAAGUGUCGGCUCCGUCGAGACCAUGGAUUAUUAACCCUGGGAACAACUUGGAUGGGGAUAAAACCGCUUUGGGACAACGUUUGAACGUUGAACAAUAUCGUUCGCCAAAACUGUCCAGAUACGAGGAUUCGCGUAAACGAGUGCAAAGCACCAAACGCCACCACAGACAUCGAAGUGCCAGUGUGAGUGGAAACUAUCUUAUGAGGCAACGAUGGAGUACCAAUUCGGGGAAACUCAACCCCGACCAACUGGACAUGAUUUCGAACCUGAGCCAAACUAACAAGGUCUUAUCAAGCGACCACGUGGAUGCGUCCCAAAGGAGUCGCGUGGCCUGGAUCAGCCCACCAACCACGCGCCGAACAGCCAUGGAUGCCAAAGUGGCCUCAAACGUCAGCAAUCACUUCAGUGGAGGCCUAAACUCAUCAAGGCCACCUUUGUCAUUGCCUCCUGCCAGUGUUUUGGGCCCAGAAACUGAUCCCAAUCGAAACCGGGAUUCCACCUCGCCAGGAUUCAGUUCAUCAGCCGAGCUCUUCGAACUUUUGGAUCGACUCCAGUCGUCAAGGUUGGAUGAUCAACGAUGUUCUAUGCCAGCCACACUGGGAGGUGUAGCCGGGGGUGGGGCAGUCAAAAACGGUUUACCUGCUACCCAACAACCUAAAGCCAACAAAGUUCCUCAAUCAAAGUAUUUACUCCAAGAGACACUGGACGGGUCGAAACCCUAUCCCAUGAUUGUCUUACCGAAAACCGGUGGGUUCUGGGUCGAUCCACCCGACCAGGACCAAGAUGUUCCGGUGGACGCAGAAGGGAAUCCCGUUUUGCCCAAAGUCAACUUCAAGACCAAGUUUGAAAUGGACGAAACGGCUCGUUGCUAUCGAGCUCAUUUCUUGGGUUAUGAGCAUUACAACUUUCAUGGCAUUGACGAUAAUCUGGGGCCUAUUGUGCUCUCACUAAAAACCUAUACCGAUCAGGAGCAGGAUGAGAACGGAGAAAAUGAAGUGCACACACGGAUCAUUUUGAGGCUGAACUCGGGGACCAUCCACAAGCUCAUUCCUGACUCAGCCCUGGACAAUAACUUGUCACCAGUCAAAGUGGCACAAUUGUUGGUUCCUCAGUUGGCCCUAGACAGACUUAGUCCUGUUUUGUGUAGGAAAUCGUCCGAACUUAUCGUGAAUUAUGACGAACAUGUCCUUGACAACUCUUUCAAAUUUGGGCUGAUCUACCAAAAGCUGGGUCAAAUUACAGAGGAGGCCCUUUUUGGCAACCGACAGCAUUCCACGGCCUUUGACGAGUUCAUGUCAAUACUGGGACAGAAAAUCUCACUGGCGGAUCAUAAGGGAUAUCGUGGGGGCCUUGACACACAGUUUGGUCAGACUGGAGAAGAAUCUCUUUUUGAAGAAUUCCAUGGACGUGAGAUCAUGUUCCAUGUUUCGACCAUGCUCCCUUUUACUGAAAACGACUGCCAACAACUUCAGCGCAAACGCCACAUUGGCAACGACAUUGUCGCCAUCGUGUUUCAAGAUGGCAACACACCAUUCACUCCCGACAUGAUCACAUCGCAUUUUCUUCACGCCUACAUCUUGGUUCAACCCAUUGACCCCGACACAGCCUAUACACGAUAUAAAGUCAGUGUGACCGCCAAGAGCGACGUUCCCUACUUUGGACCAAGUCUACCUUCACCGUCUGUGUUUCGAAAAGGACCCGAGUUAAAAGAGUUCCUCCUCACCAAACUGAUCAAUGGACAAAAUGCUUGUCUCAAAGCGGAUGAGUUUUCAAAAUUGGAACAGAGAACCAGAGCUACCUUGCUGGCAAACUUGGAGGAAGAACUUGCCGUGAAGACGCAGGAUUUCAUCGGAGUGGAACCCGUUGAAAUUAUCAAGACCGAUGGUGAACGUAGACCUUCCAGAAUAUUUGACACUGUGAAGAAGGCAUUCGGGAGCCGGGGUGUGAAAGUACAAGGCGCACCAACAGAAAGUGCCAACGCUUCCUUACCAAAGAUGACCAAGAGCAAGAGCUCGACGUCAAACCUUUCCCAACAGUACAGUACAAGCACCUUACAAAGUACCAAUAGUAUGAUCGGCGUGAAUGAGCCUUCCAAAUUCCUACCCAACAAGACCUUUAAUACGUCUGGCCGGCGAGGGUUUGGCGGCAAGUCAGAUUCUGGCCGGGGUAGUGUAGGCACGGGCAGUACUGGACGAGGGUCGUCCCCAACCACAGGGUCUCCAAUUUCCAGCCCGGACAUGCCUAACCGGGUACCAAGUUCCGAUGGGGGCCCCACCCUCUCUGAAUCGGAUGACUCCUCUUUAAAUUCAAUGGAGAUGGAUCAACACGAACACCAUCGCCUUCAACACACCCAAUCCCAAGGGACAUCGUCCGCUUUUAUCAAUCGGCCUCUGAAGAGAGUCUCUGUUCCCAAUUUGGGCUCGUCUGGUUAUGGCCUACCAUCCCAUCAUGGAAUCCAGUUUGACCCAGAUUGCCAGAACAUUGUCUCUGGGCCCAUAACCACUGUGACGUUAGACGGUGGUCCCCCGUUAAGCCAAUUGGACCGGUUCCAAGAGGAGAUUUCCAGAUUAAAGGUGGACAAACUCGAGCUUUUGCGUCAAAGCGUGGCAUCGCAACGCGAAGUGAAGAGGUUGCGUGAUCGGGAAUCGCAACUUCAGACUGAUUUGACCGUAGCUAGUCGUGAGAUUCAGCGAUUGCGCGUGGCUCUGAAAGAACGCGAUGACGCAGGCAAAAACAGUUCGUGACGGACUCGAACCCCUCUUUCUUCACCAAUCUUAUUAUUAUGCUUUCUGAGUGCCUUAACACCCCCGACGAAUCGGCCUUUCUUUGCUUUCUUGAACUUGUUCAUCUUUUUGUUUCAUUUUCGUCACUAGUCAACCUCCUGAGAAGUAAAUUUGAAUUGACAAACCUUUGAUUUAUAAGCAAACAACAACACCAGCCACCAUCACGUGAAAACCAUAACAGCAUCCUUGAACAACGUUGAUAAUGAUGAUAAUAUCCCUCGUCUGAUAGGAAUCUGUGAGUUCUUGUCGAUGUAUCUGAUCUUGAAACAAAUAAAUAAUUCUAUCUUUUUAUCUUGAA